AAGACAUUUAUUUGGUACGUUUACAAAUAACAUCCACUUUAUAUACAUGCAUGUACUGGCUGUUGCCCCUCACAGGCUGACAACAACAACAGAGUGAGACAUCCUCAUAAAACAUCUUUGCUGCGAAGCUGCCUGCAGUACAGUGUGUCCUCACCGCUCAGACUCUCUCCUUGUUGCUGCAGUGCCAGCUGUGUAGCCACUGCUACUGCAUGUAGUUGAGGUUGCUGCAGCAGCAGCCACUGUCACAAACGCUGUUGGUUUGAGAAAGGCUGUAGGUAACACACCCUGACAAAUGAUGAAAACAGCACCCAGUACACUCCUGUGGCCAAAGGCAUGUCACAUUUGACCUGUCCGCCGUGCGGCUAGCCUGUCAGCUAAAGAUAGCUACCGGCCGUUAACGUUAGCUCAACUGCAGCUGAGCUUCCUGAGCCGAGACAGAGCCAGAAUGAGAAACUUCAACUAAGACAACACACAACACGACCAGUGUCGACGACAGAGUUUAACUGUCGCAGUGUUUGGGGAAAACUUCUCGAGUCUCAUGCGGACUUUAUCCACAGUUUAUCCAGCCGUCGUGUGGACAGGGUUAACGGUUACUGCAGCGGGUACUCGGUCAAAAGUCAGCAGCAAUGUUACUGUCCUGUACCGCACGCCUACUCGGAAGAAGGACUUUGCUCCGUGAUCCGUUUAAGAGGAUGUCCGUAAGCAUGUCGUCCUCCUGCGCUUCGGGUAAGAGACUGCGGGUUCUGGUUGACAUGGACGGGGUCCUGGCGGACUUCGAAGGGGGGUUCCUGAAGAAGUACCGCGCCAGGUAUCCGGACGAGCCCUACAUCACCCUGGAGGACAGGAGGGGGUUCUGGGUGUCCACACAGUACGGGCGGCUGAGGAGUGACCUGUGUGAAAAAGCCAUUAGUAUCUGGGAGUCCAAGGACUUUUUCAUCGAACUGGAACCUCUACCAGGAGGAGUGGAGGCGGUCAAGGAGAUGGCCAAGAUGGAUAACACAGAUGUCUUUAUUUGCACCAGCCCUAUAAAGCAUUACAAACACUGCCCAUACGAGAAGUAUGCCUGGGUGGAGAAACAUUUAGGCUAUGACUUUCUGGAGCAGGUCAUCCUGACCAGAGACAAGACAUUAAUCAGCGGAGACGUCCUCAUAGACGACAAGCCUGACAUUCUAGGCGUGGAGGCCGAACCUACGUGGGAGCACAUCCUGUUCACCGCCUGCCACAACAAGCACCUUUCUGUUAGCCCCACCCAGAGACGACUCCUUUCCUGGUCGGACGACUGGAGGGCCAUGCUGGACAGCAAAAGGCAGUGAGGAGGCUCCUUCACCCACGGGCCACACGUCAUCGCUGCACAGUGGGUUGUCGAUGCAUCGGAGGUACCGCUCACAUUGCGGAGGCAAUGAAGGAGGGAAGGUAAAAUACAAAGAUGGGAGUGAUCAGCUGAAUAUCAAUAACAAUAAUAUACAAGUUGGAUGCUUCACACAAAGCAGACUCUUAAUGCACUCUAUUGGGAGAGCACAUUCACUUGUUUGACCACAUGGGGGCACUCUGGGACUGAGCGUGAAGUUGGAUUGACCACCACCACCAAUUUCACUGAAACAACAAACAGUUUAACACAGGGACAAAAUGAGUUUUUAAAAUGUACACGGUAAGUCUCAAAGGGCAGACUCUGCGUCUGCAUACUGUACGUUUUUUGGUUCUUAACGUGGACUUAUCAGUAGUUGACGGUGUUGUUUUGCAUCAAUGAGUCUAGACUGUAAUUUACUCACAACAACAGAGCACUCCAAUACACACUAACAUCUAACGUCUCUCAUUGGCACCGGUGAAUAUGUGCAAUACAUAAACACAGAGAAGUGGCCUGGACUUACACACAUUGUAACUGUUAUGUCCGGUCAUCAUCAUUUUACAUUGAACUUUUUAUUACUGUGCCGCCUUCAUAUACACAUAUGUACAGAGAUAUCUCCUUAAGGUUUUUAAAGACAUAAUAUGUUGGUGCUUUUUUUUUUUUUUUACUUAUUUCCUGUGUUUCACAAUGAUCUAUGCAUCUUAUCUAAUACACAGAUGAUUAAAAAAAAUACUUAGAAUUGCACACAUACAUAUGCAUGAUGCCAAAACCCUCACUAGGGUUGAAUAUAUUAGAAUAGCAGUCACUGAAAAACGUGUGCUGAAUAUGUUUAAGAUGUUGAAGGAAGAAAAUGUGUUGAGAUUGUUUAAAAAAUGAACAUAUGAUUAACCUCUAGAUGUAAGAAUGAACCAAAAUCCAAAAAAAGAGAUGAUUUAUAUUGUUAGUUAUAUUGUUUUUAAAUGUUCUACUUUCACACAGCCAUUCAAAUGUUUUAUUUUAUUCAUUUGUGGUUCAUUUUUGUGCAGUUUGCCUCUUGUAAACAUACCUCAGUGUAAAAAAAACAAAACAAAAACUCCAGGUUAAGCAUCUGUUUUGACUCUUCAUCACAUUUGUUUGAACAGUAGUCAUGAUUUGGGUCAUUUCAUUUUCAUUCAAACAAAUUCAUAACAAAUAUUUUCUCUCUAUUUUGGAUUGUUUACAUAAGCACAUUGCAUCAUCAAACCUCCUGACUGGCAGAGGACCUCCACAACACGUUAAAAUCUAUUUUAGCAUGAGAUUUGACAUUUGAAAACACAUUCAAACUGAAAAAGGUUAUCCACAGUAUACUCGUGUUUUACAUUAUUGACCCACAAAACUGCAUUUUUAUGUUUCAUACAAGAGCCGCAAACUCAUUACUGUUUUCAGUCUGAGGUGUAUUUGAGCAAGCAACUUCCUGUCAGGGUUUGCAUUGUUUUGGCUUCAUAGUCAAUUAUUGUGAAUCCAUUUUAGCUGUUUCUGGCCAGUCGCUCACAAAUUUUGCCGGUUGCUGCUAAUGUGCUUUUUGAAAAAGAAAGUGCUGAAUGCUGAACAUGUGUUAUGACAGAUGUACUUGGUGCUGAGUGCUGCGUUAUUGUGCCUGGUCUAAAUGUACACACUCAGACAUGCUCAUUUCUGUCCAUGAGUUGCUUAAAUGCUUUGUUUUAUUCCACCUCACUUAAAACACGCACAAAGGAAAGAAUAAUAGGAGGGCCGAGGACAUGUUUAUGGUCCUUUGUUGCAAUUAAAGGUGAAUUUUAUUUC